AUGGAGGUAGAGCGAGCCAAGAAAGACGACGAUCUCAACUCCGCAGACGGAGGAGGAGGAGGAUCCGCUGAAGAAGUCUCCGUCGAGAGAAUCUUCGAGGAGAGCGCCGACGCUCCUCCAGCGUGGCAGAACCAGCUCACGUUCAGAGCGAUGAUCGUGAGCUUCAUCCUCUCGAUUCUCUUCACCUUCGUGGUGAUGAAGCUGAACCUCACGACGGGGAUCAUCCCCUCGCUCAACAUCUCCGCGGGGCUGCUCAGCUUCUUCUUCGUGAAGACGUGGACGAAGAUACUCAACAAGGCCGGGAUUCUCAAGCAGCCAUUCACGAGGCAGGAGAACACCGUUAUUCAGACCUGCGUCGUUGCUUCCUCCGGCAUCGCCUUUAGCGGAGGGUUUGGUAGUUAUCUCUUUGGGAUGAGUGAAGUUGUUGCUAAACAAUCAGCCGAAGCCAAUACUCCUCUCAACAUAAAGAAUCCUCAUUUGGGUUGGAUGAUUGGAUUUCUCUUUACCGUUAGCUUUCUCGGUCUCUUCUCUGUUGUUCCCCUUCGAAAGAUCAUGAUAGUGGACUUCAAAUUGACAUAUCCUAGUGGUACUGCAACUGCUCAUCUCAUCAACAGCUUCCACACACCUCAGGGUGCCAAGCUCGCAAAGAAGCAAGUGAGAGCAUUGGGAAAGUUCUUCUCGUUCAGUUUCUUAUGGGGUUUCUUCCAAUGGUUCUUCACUUCUGGUGACGGCUGUGGAUUUGCUAACUUCCCUACAUUUGGUCUCGAAGCCUAUGAAAACAAGUUCUACUUUGAUUUCUCGGCUACAUAUGUUGGUGUUGGAAUGAUAUGUCCAUAUCUAAUCAAUGUGUCGCUUCUCGUUGGAUCAAUACUAUCAUGGGGUAUUAUGUGGCCUCUCAUAGGUGCCCAAAAAGGCAAAUGGUACUCUGCUGAUCUUAGUUCAACUAGUCUCCACGGCCUUCAAGGCUACAAGGUGUUUAUAGCCAUAGCUAUGAUCCUCGGUGAUGGUCUCUACAACUUCAUCAAAGUCCUAGGCCGCACCAUCGUCGGUCUAUACAAGCAGUUCAAGAACAGAGACGCUCUUCCCGUAAACGACCGGUCACCAUCAAACACCGCAACCAUCUCUUACGACGACAAACGAAGAACUGAGCUUUUCCUCAAAGACAGAAUCCCCUCGUGGAUCGCUGUAACCGGCUACGUAGUCAUGGCCAUAGUCUCGAUCGUCACAGUCCCCCACAUCUUCCCUCAGCUCAGAUGGUACCACAUCUUGACCAUGUACAUAAUCGCACCCGUCCUUGCCUUCUGUAACGCCUACGGCUGCGGGCUCACCGACUGGUCCUUAGCUUCCACCUACGGCAAACUCGCCAUUUUCACCAUCGGAGCUUGGGCUGGCUCGGCCAACGGAGGCGUCUUGGCAGGACUCGCGGCGUGUGGUGUUAUGAUGAACAUCGUCUCCACAGCUUCUGAUCUCAUGCAAGACUUCAAAACCGGUUACAUGACGCUAGCUUCCCCGAGGUCAAUGUUCUUGAGCCAAGCGAUCGGAACGGCGAUGGGCUGUGUCAUUUCCCCUUGCGUCUUCUGGCUAUUCUACAAAGCCUUUCCCGACUUCGGCCAAACCGGGACCGCGUACCCCGCGCCUUACGCCUUAGUCUACCGAAACAUGUCGAUACUCGGAGUAGAAGGAUUCUCUGCUUUGCCCCAGCAUUGUCUCAUGAUCUGUUACAUAUUCUUCGCAGCAGCGGUGUUUGUGAACGGCGUGAGGGAUGCGGUGGGGCCUAAAUGGUCUCGGUUCAUUCCUCUCCCGAUGGCUAUGGCUAUACCGUUUUACAUCGGAGGUUACUUCACGAUCGAUAUGUGCGUGGGGAGUCUCAUACUGUUCGUGUGGAGGAAGCUGAAUAGACCAAAAGCUGAUGCUUACUCUUCAGCUGUUGCUUCUGGUUUGAUAUGUGGCGAAGGGAUAUGGACGUUACCAAGCUCUGUGCUUGCUUUAGCUGGUGUUAAGCCUCCUAUCUGCAUGAAGUUCUUGUCUGGCGCUACCAAUGUUAAGGUUGAUUCUUUCUUAAACCCUUCUUAACUGUGUUUUCUUUUCAUUUGUUAUUCUAGAUUUUUUUUUUUUUCUAUGGUUCUUUGUCUAUCUUUCUUAGUUUUAAUUGUUUUAAGUUUGUGGUUAAUUUCAUUUCUACUCAAUGAAUGGAUUUAUUGGUUUUAAAACAGUCUUAUUUUGAGUCAAAAACUGAUACAGAAGUUGCA